UGCGGGCCCGCGCUGCUGCCCCUGCUCCAGGUGUACUGUCCCCUGGAGGCCUCCCCCUACCACCGCGUCGCCAACGUCUUUGCCUGCGCCGGGAAGGGCUGCUGGGGAAAGCCGCAGAGCUGGAAGGUGCUGCGCUCCCAGUGUCUGCAGACAGAAGAAGAGGAAGCACGAGAUCGCAGUGUGAAGCAGAAACAGGAAUCUAACUUUGCUGCUAAGGAUUGGUGUGAUGAAGCAGAUGACUGGGGAGUCAGUGAUGAAGCAGAAUCUCCUGCAUACACAUCCCUUCAGCUGCUUGGCUUAAAUGAAGCGAUGAUGAGCAACUCCUCAUCCAGAGAGGUGGAGUGUGCAUCGCAGUUCCAGCAGCUUCGCUUGUCCGAAGCUACAGACGUGUCAGGUCCCCUGAGUACGUGUGCUCCCAUCAGGGAAGGAACAGUAGCGGCUAGUUCAGCCCCUGUGUUCCAGCCCUAUUACAUUAGUGUUGUGGAUGAGGAGGACUACACUUGUUUCCUUGACACAGAUCAUGCAGAUGAGCUAUUAAAGGAGUAUCAGCAGAGAGAGGGUGUUGAUUUGGAACGGUUGAUGUCAGAAAGUUUUGCAGGUGAAGGUGGCAAUGAAAAAUAUGAGAAGAGUGAAGUCAAAAGCAGGGAUCACACGUUCCAUAAAUUUAUGAAAAGAAUAUCUGUCUGUCAUGAACAGAUUUUAAGAUAUUCCUGGGGAGGGCAGCCUUUAUUCAUAACAUGUCCUCCAGCCAACAUUAACAAAGGUAUUCCAGCCUGCAGUAACUGCGGAAGUAAUAGAGUAUUUGAAUUUCAACUUAUGCCGGCACUGGUCAGCAUGCUCCAGAGUGAUACAGAUCUAUCAGUGGAAUUUGGAACUGUUAUAGUUUACACAUGUGAGAGGAGCUGUUGGCCAACAAAUCAUCAAACCCCUCUUGAAGAAUUUAUUUUUGUACAAGAAGACCCAGAUCAGAAAUUAUUUAAAUAAAAUGUAUUUCUC